AUGGCCACGCUCCAUAGCCGUGUCGUGUCAAUACAGCCCGAUCCUGUUGGCAUCGAUGGCUCCGAUUCUGCAAAUCAUGCGGGCUACGACCCCAAAGAACGCCAGAUGAUUCAGGGGCUCUCUCAACGGCUUCAAGUCCUCAGAGGGAUGAGCCACAAUCUUGGAGAUGGUAUCAAGGAUACCACUGCAGCUUAUGAGCAGCUUCCAGAUGAAGCGCUUACCAGGCCCCCAUCCCAAACGGACUGUGAAACUCGCUGGAAGGCAGCCCAGACAACGUUGAGGAUUCUGACCAGUUCCGCCGCCAACAUAAGGACUAUAUUGAUUGGCUUGGGUGUGCCACACUCUGCAGAGUUUGAAAGUGCUAUGAACGAGGUGCCUCGUCAGGUAACAGACUCCCAGACUGAUCAACUGGUCGCUGGACAUCAAGAAGAGUUCGUCAAUCUUCAAAAUGAAGUUAAAACCCUUCGUGGCGAUCUUAAAAAGGCCGAAACCACGAUCGACACCCUUGGUCAAGAGUCAAGGAGUCAUGAAACCAAAGUAUGGCAUGAUGACAAGCAAAUAUUGCAAGCAGACGUCAAAGCCUGGAGAGACAAGGCAAGAGAGCUUGAAUCCGAUAAGGAAAAUGUUGCACAGAGCCUGAAUGAAGCACUUGGUAGUUCAAGAACCAUGAACUCCAAGUUGGAAGACGCUGAAAAGAAGCUAUCAGCCCAUAGUGCAAUUAAGCAAACAAGGGAUCGGCUGCAAGAGGAGCUCAAAGCCAAGGUCCUUGAGUUUUAA